GCAGCAGCAAGAGCAAGAGCAACAAGUAGGCGGCAUGGACGUAACGCUUACCGAGCCCGAGACACGUUUCUACAGUGAACUCUUUCAUUGCUGCGAUGUAGAAAAGACGGGCAUGGUGCCAAUGCUCAAGGCAACGGAGCUCUUUCGAUCGUCGGACAUUGCCAGCGCAAAGCUGAUUGAGAUCACCGGACUGGCAGGGAUUCCCUCGACAGCGUUGCACAUCUCACGCGCCCAGUUCUAUUCAUGCCUCAAGCUGAUUGCCGCCCACCAGGCAGCGAUGCCGCUGCGUCAGGAGCUGAUAUUCGCCACGUGCCCAUUGCCAAUGCCACAUUUUAGCUGGAAGGAGUUGUCAGCAGCGUCAGUGGCCACAGAGAACGGACUGGGGGCCCUGCCACCGCCACCGCCCACAGAUCGGCGGAACUCGUUGCGUCGCAACUCGCAGCAGGAUCAGCUGCAGGACACCUCGGAUGUGCCCAGCACCGACUCAGAGGUGGAGCAGAACGAGUCCAUUGAAGAGGCGGCGGGGCAGCGCACAGAUGGCGUUGUCAGCAGCAGCAGUCGAGAGAAUGUCGGGCGUCGACGUGGCGGCUCUCCAGAGGCCUGGAGCACGAACAGCGAUAGCCCCACGCCCACCAAUAGCGUGGCGGAGCGACCCUGGGCUCAGGAUCCCCUCUGGCAAGGGCUCCUGGGCGACGAGCACCGCCAGCUGCUGGGCACAGAGGAGGAAUCCUCCGAUCGCCACAGCAGCGAUGACGAUGACAACGAGAACGAGCUGGUGGCCGUCUAUCAGAUCACCCCAGAGCAAAGGGAAUACUACAAUAAGCAGUUCAAAACAGUCCAACGUGAUCCCCAUGGCCUGCUCUCCGGCCAGGCAGCGCGGGUUUUCUUUGAGAAAAGCCGCAUACCCGUGGAGGAGCUGCGUCACAUUUGGCAGCUGUGCGACGUGACACGCGAUGGGGCGUUGAGUCUCUCUGAAUUCACGGCUGCCAUGCAUCUGGUGGUGCUGCGACGCAACAAUAUACCGCUGCCCACCAGCCUGCCCCACUGUCUGCAUCCGAAUGUGCUGCAGACGAAGGCGGUUGGGGGCAGCGGUGGAGUGACCUCCUCCUCGUCGUCGUCGUUACCUCAAGAGCCCCCCGAGGCUGAUCUCCUGCAUUUGAACGAUGACGACGAGGACGAGCAGACGGACAAUACAAUCAUUGCUGGCAAUCUCAGCGGAGGCAGCUCGGCGGGCACCAGCAAACCGCGUCCCACUGUGCCGCCGAACGACAAGAAUAUCAUGAAUCUGAGCACCAUCUCCACCUCGUCCCAGGCCAGCAACAGUUCGAGACGCGAGGCGACACCCACCACAACGUCGCUGAAUAAGAAUCGUAGCAUUUCGAAUUCCCCCAAUCACGAAAGGAUCGUAGGCGGUACAGUGUCGUCAACGGGAAAUGCUCCCGAUUCGAGUAAUGCCUCCAAUCAGUGGACAAAGUUCAGUGAAUCUCCCACAACGAGUGCGGCACCAGCUCAAUCCACGACUGGAGCUGCUGCUUCGACUUCGGCUACGGCUGCUGGUGCGGUUGCUGGUACUGCUGUUGCUGGUGCUGCUGCUGCGGCUGUUCCAGCCGUCUCUAGUCCCGGCCUCAAGCCAGCUCUGUUUGAUAUGAAACGUACUGCACAGGAUGUGGUCUCCAAUCCGCAAAUAUUGCAUCCCGUGCCUCUGCGUGUGACUCCCAUAGGCAAUGCCAUAGCCUCUUCCUCCGGCGAGCAGUCGUCCGAUAUGGAUGGGGUCGUUGUAUUGCGCGAGGAGAGUCCGAAGACCAUCACAUCGACCACCACAGUCAACAAUCAAUCAACAGCAGGAGCAGCAGUAGCAACAGCAGUCACAGCUACAGCAGCGACAGGAGCCACUGCCACACAUCGUGAGAGCAGUGAUCUGCGUGCCAUUCAGCGUCCCCAGGCCAAGAAGCUGCCGGCCAAGAACAGUGUGCUGCCACCGCCACCACAACGCGAGCCGAGCAUUGGUUCCACUGGCCCUAGCGAGACCUCGGAUCCGCUGCCCACGACAGUUUUUCCCACGACAGUCGCCGUGUCCAAGAAGGAGCCGCCGCCAUUGCCUCCACCAAGGCCACAUCGUCAUGCGAGAAGCAGCAGUUUGGACUUGAACAAGUUCAAAAUGGGCACAACGGGCGGUGCACAGCAGGCGGAGAUUACUGCGCAAGCCAGCUUCGAUAUGCAAACCUCAGCGGGUUUUGCCGAUUUCACGCACUUUGCCGACGAAGGUGGCGCCGCGAAUGUUCUGGAGAGUGGAACUGUGGCCGAGCAGCAGCUGCACUCGCUGCCGCCGGCCCAGCCACCGCCUGGCGGUGUGCCUCCGACACGGAUUACACUGCAGCAGACCCAAACGCAGCAGCGGGUAUCAGCCUUUGAGGUCUAUCGCAAGCCGCAGACGCCACGGAACUCACAAUCGCCGCCACAACAGCCGCCGCCACCGGCCCCGGCCCUGGUCGGCAGCGGAGUUGUCUCUCAACUGCCAAGCGCCGAAACCUUUGAGAAGCGAGUGACGGCCAUAAGUGACAGCCUGCGUCACGUGUCCUUUAAGCAGAACCAGACGAGCACCACCGAGCUGCUGCAGCGACUGCGCGAACAGAACAGCUCCCUGCUGCACCUGUGCAAUGAUCUCAGCGACGAGCUGCUGAGCGUCCAGACGCGCAAGGAGGAAAUGCGCCUCAGGCUGGAGAGCCUGAAUGGUGGUUCCGAGGGUCCCACUGGGCGAACAAGCUCGUCGAUAUCUUCGGCUCCGGUUACGGCGAAUGUCACCGGGGGAUCCUCUGGGUCAGCCGGUUACACAAAUGUCUAAACAGCGUCAGAUAAUCAUUAUUUUCAUUAUCAUUUGUCACACUUAUGUGUUGAUUCUGCACAAUUUAUUUAUCGCGCGGUAUCGCCCACUGACAUUCAAUCAUUUCUAUUCAAAAAGGUUCUCUUUUCGCUUUUGCAACAAAUCUAGAAAGCUGUGCAAACAGACAUGGCAUGAAUGCUGGAAUGUUUGCACAGUUUCGUUGACGAUGGAUGGCCAGUGGAAUGGAUGGAUGGAUGGAGGAGUAGAAAGUACUCCCAAGUUUGUGUGCUGCUACAUAGAAGUCGCUAAUUUAAUUUGUAGGCUAGUUAAAUCUCAACAAAUCAUGCGAAAAUCAACAAAAACAAUAAUGCCGCCUCUAUAGAUAUUUAUGCAGAUCGAUUUAUAUAUACAUAUAUAUGUAGAGUGUAUGUAUAUGUGUACUACGAGUGUAUGCAUAUGCAGUUCUCCUAAUUGUUACAAGUAAAUGAUGACACACACACGCAGCCCUCGAACCCGAACCCAAAUCCGUAUCUCACCCCCCUCUUAGUGUAUAAUGAAACUACCACAAAGUGGUCCAACGCCCAGCUGUAAUAUUUCGUGCUAAAAACCUUUUGCAAUUGCAUUUUUCUUUUGCCAAUUUGCUAUUUAUCAACGCCUCGAAAUUCCAAUUCCAAUGCCCAUUUCUUAUUCAUUCCGGCAAUGAAAACUAACAAAGAAAAAUCCAAAACGAAAAAAAAACGAAAGAACCUAUAUUUAAUCUUAAAAAUCCUACCUAUCAAAAACGAAAGGAAAGUAAAGCCUGGCUUAAUGUUUAAGUAUUAGAAAAGGCAAAAAAGCUGAAACAGAAAAAAUGUUCAUUUCCUUGAAGGCGCAGCUCCUACCCCACACAAAAAGUAUAUACGUAUUAUAUACUAUAUAUUUUCUAUAUGUAUAGUGUACACCACAAGAAAAAACUUGAUAUUAUGUACAUUUAACAAAAUUUCUUUAUAAACAAAAAGAAGAUUGAAACAGGAGAGAAAUUUAAUUUAAACCGGACCACUAAAUAUGUCGAAUUUAUCAGAUAUAUACCAGCAUAUGUAUCAUUUCUUUUGCAUACUUAAAACACUUGAUGUAUGAGUUUUCUUCAACCUGUUAAACAUUUACCCCCACCCCAAAACACACACAGACAAAACAUAAAACGUAAAGAAAAAGUCUAAUGAAAUUGAAGAAGUAAAAAAGUGAUAUUGAAACACUAU